AUGCAUUCAAUGCUUAUCUCUAAUGGUAGUGAUAAUUCAUUAACGGUAACAACAACAAUAAAUUCGCGGACAGUAUAUGAUGCUGCUAAUACUACUACUAAUUUCAGUACACACUGUGAUUUUGAAUUUAGUCAGAAAUUUGAAGAAUGGCUUAAGACCAUAGAAGAAAGUGAACAUAUCAAUGGUGAUCAAACAUUAUGGAAGUGGUAUAAUCAAAGCGAUGAUUUUUGCUUCUUACCUGGUCUCAACGAUGACAAUGAAUGCCGACUAAAAGCACGUACGGGCACAAAUCAACUUGGUGGUAUUUAUGCUAAUGGACGUCCACUACCAGUACAUCUUCGGGAACGUAUUAUCCAAAUGGCUUCGUCGGGAACUAAACCUUGUCAGAUAUCACGCCAAUUACGAAUAUCACAUGGUUGUGUCUCAAAAAUCCUAUCCAGGUAUCGCAAUACAGGCUCAAUCCGACCCGGUAAAAUUGGCGGAUCAAAACCCAAGAAAUUGCUUCCUCAGGUGGUGACAGCAAUUGCGAUUUACAAGCAUUGUCGGCCAUCGAUGUAUUCGUGGGAGAUUCGUAGUAAACUUGUUGAUGAUGGUGUUUGCAGCGCAUUUAAUGUUCCAAGCAUUUCUUCAAUUAGCAGGAUAAUCAGGACAAAACUUGGCAUAAAGAAGACAAUUAAUUCAACUAAUAAUGAAGCAUUAUCAGUGUCCGAGAUAAAUACCGGCAGCCAAAACAUGAUCAAAAGCAUAGGCAAAUAA